AUGCUGGCUCGCAUCGUGGAAACCUCGAUCGGGAUUUGGACAAUUGUUGCAUUCCUAGGCACUGCCUUUCAAUGUGCCGUUCCUCGAACCUGGGAUUUUUGGAAUGGCAAGUGCUUUGAUUUGACUGCAUGGCAUUAUUUCGUCAGCACAUCCAACAUCGCAACAGAUUUUCUAGUCCUCACGCAGUCCACGCUGCUGAUAUACAGCGUACAGACUAGCUUCACGAAACGCAUAGGUUUUGCAGGCAUCUUCCUUCCCAGAGCACUAGUGACCGAAGCAAUCAUCGCUGAAAUGUCUCUUAUAAAAGCUACGACGGAUACAAGCGAUCCUACGUAUGACCUCUGCGAUGUAACAAUCAUACAAGAAGUGAUUCAAUGCUUGAGCAUAAUCACAGCAUGCUGGGGCCAAUUGCGCCCGUUCAUCAAGUGGAUGAAGUCCAACGGCCUGCGAAUUCAGGGUGAAGGUCUCAAUCUCCUUGACACAAAUUCGGAAUCACACCCAAGCACCUAUUCGAGAGAUAGAAAGAUCGUUAAACAUCAAAGUUUUAUCGUCACUCCACGGCAAGAGGACUUGAUAGAAGAUUGGGAAUUGGGUAUUCAAUCAAGUCGGGUGCAAAUCAUCCCGGAGACGCAGCCAUGGACUGAACGGACUUCGGCACAAGAAGAGCCUCAUGUCAACUAA